AUGGAUCUCUCCGACCUUACUUCUAUUAAACCAGCUGUUGAGGGCUUUACCACUCAGGAAUCGCGUAUUGACGUGCUUAUCAAUAAUGCUGGUGUGAUGUUUCCACCGGAUGGGAGCCGAGAUGCCCAGGGAAACGACUUACAAAUGGGAACAAACUGUUUAGGCCCUUACCUUCUUAUUCGGGUUCUCUGGGCUGGAUCAAUUGCCGUCCACGUUGGCACUCCCAACCGACAAGGUAUCAUCAUCGAUGCUAACGGUCAGCCUGAGGACAAAGGCGUCAAGGCAAAUUAUGGCCAGACUAAAGUCGGCAAUGUCUUCAUAGCUCGUGAGCUCGCUAAAACAACUGCAGAAACCGGCGUUGUUCAUGCUGCGUUCAAUCCUGGUAAUCUUCGCACAGAGCUUCAGCGACACUGGACGGGCCUUGAUCAUUGGAUAGUUGACAAGACGAUUCUAUAUCCGCCAAUUUUUGGAGCAUAUACCGAGUUAUGGACAUCACUUGCCCCUGAGCUGGCGCCAGACAGAAGCGGAGCUUACGCCUACCCCUGGGGGAGACUAGGUGCCCUUCCAGAUGGGAUAGAGGAAUCCUUAACCCACAGUGGGAUCUCAGAGAGAUUUUUACAGUGGUGUGAGAGUCAGACGAGGGAAUUUAUAUAAUCUACUUAAUAUUCUUACAUACAGUUUAUAGCUAAACUACUGCGGC